GAAGAAAAAUGCAAAGACUUAGAGAAGUCAUUGCACUGUUGCCCCACAACCACUUCCACUUCACUUUCUCUUCUCUUUCCCCACAAUGAUCCAAAUCCAAAUUUGUACCACAAUUUGAGCAGAAACACCAAGAUCCAGAUUUCACCAACUGGGAUUUUUGUGCUUCGGAGAAAUUUCAGGUUAGUUUUUUCUCUUUCCAACUAUCAAACUUGAUUUUUUUAUUUUUUUAAUAGGAUUCACAGCCUACCCUCCGCAUUAACUAUGAGAGGUUGGAUUUAACCUCUUAGUACUCGUUUUCUUUUAUUCGACUCUGCUUCAUGGUUACAUGUAAGAUGCGAUUUAGAAUGUCCUUAUGUUUGUCUAUGUGGGGUUGACUUUCAUUAUUGAUACUGAUUUUGAGAUAGAGCAAUUGGGUGUUGGAAGUUUUUGUGGCUUUUAGUUAGUUGGUAGCUGAGAAAUCUUGAACAAAUUAACAUUUAGACGUCUGGGAUCAUGAAUAUUGCAACUUUGGCUCUUGUUCUUUGUACUGUGUUUGGGUUGUUGGGUUUGGGGUAUUCAGAUUCAUUUCUGGGAGGAGGAGGAGCUGAAAUUAAAGGUGAAUAUCAAGAAUCUUUUAAGUAUGACCGAAUCAACGAAGUGGAGAAAGAAUGUAGUUUCGUGUUAUCUUCUGCUUCUGAACUGAAACCUGAAGAUAACAGAAUUUAUAGCAUUAAAGAAGAGCUCUUUUUUGUGAAUGGGGAUUGGAGGCAGGAUGAUGGUAAGGCCCCACUCAUGCCCUUUGAUGUUAGAGAAGUUCAAAUUGACAUCUCAGCUGACCGUACUCCAUUGAACUUGGUUUCGUUUUGGGUUUUGGAUGUUGAUCGUGCCCGUCGAUCAAAGAAGGCAGUAAGCAUCAGUGGGUCCUUGAUCAUGGGCAUAACUCUAGACAGCACACUUACAGAUUACGGGUUUGGGGGAAAUCCUCAGUUUCAAAUGUGGCCUGGUCAUUCUCAACUUCCAAUUUCUUUCCAAGGGAUUUACACUGAGUCCAAGAAAAAUGGUGGGGAAAGAGUGAUGUGUUUGUUGGGCAGUACAAUGUUGCCGGCUCGGGAAUCUGACGCUGCUGAUCCAUGGCAAUGGUUGAAAGCUCCUGAUGCAAAUUAUAACCAGCUUCCUCUGUUGCAGGAUGAUAGAAUUCUGCUUGUUCUUCGCUAUCCGAUGACAUUUUCCUUGACCAACAGAGCAAUCCAAGGGGAAAUGAGAAGUCUAAAUCCAAAAUCAAACGAAAAGUACUUUGAUGAAGUUCAUAUAUCAUCCCAGUUGGGAAAGUCAGCAAACUAUGAGUUUGCCUCACAGAAGAUUGUUUCAAAAGCAUGCGAUCCUUAUCCAUACAACAAUGACAGCUUUCUCAAUAGUGGCAUCAGUAUCUAUAAGGGGUUGCGUUUCUGUGAAAUCUUUGAAGAGAUUACUCGUGACCAAGCUUUCACUGUUCUGCCAAACUGGAAAUGCAAUAGCAAAGGUGAUUUUUGCAGUAAUUUGGGUCCAUUUGAGGUGGAUAAAGAGAUUAAAGCAACAAAUGGCAGUUUUAAAGGUGUCAAACUUCAUAUGCAGUAUAUUAAAUGUGAGCAAACAACUGCACGGGGAAAUGCCACUUCUGCGAGAGUUUCGGCUGUUUUUAGAGCUGUUUCACCAUUGGAGAAUCUGUAUACCGCAGGAAAGAGGUCUGGGCUCAGCAACAUGACUGUUGCUGCUGAGGGAUUCUGGAAGUCUACCAGUGGGCAGCUUUGCAUGGUUGGCUGCCUUGGAUUUGUUGAUGCCUCAGGGAGUAGCUGCAAUUCUCGGAUCUGUUUGUAUGUACCUAUCUCGUUUUCCAUAAAGCAAAGAAGCAUUAUUUAUGGAACUCUUUCCAGCAUCAAUAACAGUAGUCCGUCGUACUUUCCUCUCUCAUUUGAAAAGCUAGUGCAGCCCACUGAACUGUGGAACUAUUUCAAAGCUUCCAAUCCUUAUUACAGUUACACAAAAAUCAAUUCUGCUGGUGCCAUUUUAGAAAGGGACACAGCCUUCAGUUUUCGAACUAUUAUCAAGAAAUCAUUGCUGACAUUCCCCAAACUGGAAGACACUGAAGCUUACCAAGUUAGUCUUUCUCUUUUAUCAGAAGAUCUCACCCUUCAUGUGUCAGCGGUUCCUGAUCCUCGUAGUCCCCAAUCUCCAAGGAUUGAUAUUCAGAUGGAAAUUCUCUCAGUUGGACCCUUGUUUGGGCGCUAUUGGUCUGCGCAAAAUGGUUCCACCACAGAAGAGGAGAUUCCUUACCAUACAAAGGCUGAAUACACAGAAAAGCAACUUCUUCUGAAUGUAUCAGCACAACUCACAGUCAGUGGAAAAGACUACAGUAAUUUUUCUGUUCUUUUCUUGGAGGGUCUUUACGAUGAGCAUGUUGGUAAGAUGUAUCUAGUUGGUUGCAGGGAUGUCAGAGCUUCAUGGGAAAUCUUAUACGAGAGCAUGGAUCUUGACUCUGGGCUGGAUUGCUUAAUCGAAGUGGUUGUCUCAUAUCCUCCCACUACAUCUCGGUGGCUAGUCAAUCCAACAGCCAGCAUUUCCAUAGCCAGCCGCAGAAAUGAAGAUGACCCCCUCCGUUUUAAUACAGUCAAGUUCCAGACUCUUCCAAUUAUGUACAGGAAGCAGCGAGAAGACAUCCUCUCUCGUAGGGGCAUUGAGGGAAUCCUCCGGAUUUUGACUCUUUCACUGGCAAUUGCUUGCAUUUCCAGCCAACUGUUUCACAUCAAGCAUGAUCCAGAUUCUGUUCAUUUUAUAUCUCUUGUCAUGCUAGGUGUCCAAGCCAUUGGUUACAGCCUUCCUCUUGUCACUGGAGCCGAAGCUCUUUUCAAGAAGAAAGCUUCAGAAUCUUAUGAAUCUGCUUAUGAUCUUGAGAACAGUCAGUGGUUCAAGAUACUUGAUUAUGCGGUGAAACUUCUUGUUCUGGUCUCAUUUUUACUGACUUUAAGGCUUUGUCAGAAGGUAUGGAGAUCUCGCAUUAGAUUACUAACACGAGCUCCUCUUGAACCCCAUCGCGUACCUAGCGAUAAGCGGGUAUUCUUGACAACCUUGACUUUACAUUUAGUUGGGUUCAUAAUUGUUCUAAUUGUUCAUAAUACGAGGACCAGCCAGAAUUCUAUUUGGGCAACAAGAUUUAAUUUUGCUAGAGCAGAGUCUCAUAUGCGGGAUUGGGAGACUGAGCUGGAGGAGUAUGUGGGUCUUGUCCACGAUUUUUUCUUGCUCCCACAAAUCAUUGGCAACUUUAUUUGGCAGAUUGAUUGUAAACCACUUAGAAAGAUUUAUUUCAUUGGAAUCACACUGGUUAGACUUUUCCCACAUAUUUAUGAUUACAUUAGAGCUCCAGUUCUCAAUCCGUACUUUGCUGAGGACUACGAGUUUGCGAACCCAAGUAGGGAUUUUUACUCAAAGUUUGGGGAUGUUGCUAUACCUGUGACAGCAAUUCUUUUUGCAGUUGCAGUUUAUAUUCAGCAGAGAUGGAAUUAUGAGAAGCUCAGCCAGACCCUAACUGUGGGGCAAUAUCGGCUUCUUCCCUUAGGGUCCAGAAUGUAUGAGAGAUUGCCUUCCAGUUCCCAGGCAUUUGAAGCUGAGCUUGUUUCAGGUGUCAAUGGCAAUUCUACACAUGAGAAAGAGCACGAUGUGGAAUGAUGUGGAGUCCUUUUGAAAUUACAGAGCCGUUGUAAACAUGCAUGCGCAUUUGGUGUUAUUUUGGACGGUUGUUGUUACCUAUAAGAUGUUGGCCUUUUAGAAAGAGUAAUUAAACAAGAAAAGUUUCUCCUGAAUGCUUUUGUCCAUUUUACGUUGAUAUAUAGGAUAUUUUUGCAGUAAAUUUUUGUUUCAUUUGGAAACUCAACUAGCCCUGGAGUUUAAAACUCAACUAGCUCUGGAGUUUAAAGAGUCUGGGUUUCAGAACUAAACUUUAAAAUGCUAUAAUGUUUUUCGGCAUUUAAUAUGGUUAUUGUUAUCAAAUGCUGGAUUUUGUUUGUUGCUUCAAA